CCAGUCCAACGCAACGCAAGGCCAACAUCCGAUCAGUGUCGUCGCACAUGGAGAUGGAGGGCCCGUCGUCAACGUCAAGCAGCCAUGUUGCCCCUGCCCCACUGCUUCCGCCGGUUCGCUACUACAUGCUAGACGAGCACGACGAGGAAGAAGAAAAAUGGCUAUCCUGUCCAACGUCUCCCGGCGGCGACCCUCCUGGGCCAUGCUUGGGCUCCGGGUGGCUCCGGCCGCCGAUGUCACCCCGCACAUGGAAGGCCGCGGCGGCCGAGCAGCCGGAACCACCGCAAGACGAAGAAGAAGAAGAUCCGGAGCUGGAAGAACCAUAUCCAUACGACGAGGAAACACUGUAUGCACCACGACUCGACCCGGCGGCGCGGCAGCACCUCGAGACGAGCCUGGCGACGUCGGCCGCCCAAGACGCGCUACACCACUACAACGCCGAUGGCAACAACAAGGUCAAGUUCGAGCUGACCAGGGCUACGAGAUACGUCAGUCUUUUGAACAGCCAGGGCCCGUACCACCAUGUCAACUUCUUCGCCAGGGCCAUGAACGAGGAGGAUGCUUCUUCUUCCUCCUCCACGGAAGAACGCUUCUUCUUCGCCGAACUGCAUGAUCAAUACAGGCGCGGCCCUAGUGGAGCCAGGAUACGAACUCCGACUUGCCUCUGUUCGCUCGACGGAGAAGGAGACGGUCAGGUUGGCGGCCUCGCCGGCAACUGGUUUGCCAGAGCUCAACCGUGGCUCGUGCCCUUGGAUUACUGCCUCACGUGUGGCGAUGAGAUGAAACAUCCCAGGGACGGCACCUCCUACCAAGCCGGUCACCUGUACGCGCUGCCCCAGGGGAAAUCGUGCUUCGAUUCAUUAUUUGGAUACUCCUUGUAACGGCGAUGAUCAAACUCGUUGAGACAUGAUUUGGUGCGGCGCAAUGUUAUGGUGCUUUUCUUCUUUCUUUCUAAUGGGUGUGUCUAGGUUAUCUGGAUGUGAUGUAAUUAUGUUACAUCUAAGUAUGAUAUCAGGGUCGC